AUCUGCUAAGCUUUUCUCUGAUGGUUCUGGUCUGGGUUCAAACAUGCCGACACGCAAAGUGAAACAUUCUCGUGAACUGAAAGAGAACAAUAUGCGCUCGGGGACAAAUCUGCUCAGUGACUGGAGGAGUAACGUAAAAAAAACAAAUAGUAAUAAAUAAGUAAAAUAGCCACGAAACGUCUAUCUAAACAAGCACACCAUGUGCUCAGUUACGUGCAUCAGAUUUUCUAAGUGUGUGUACAGGAAAGAGAUACUAGAUUUGUACAGAAUUAGAUCGUUCCCACCAAAACAACAGAACGCACAUCAAUGCAAUCAUUUAUUUAUUUUUUUCUGUGCUCACCCUGAGAUAAAAUCCUGCAGGCGCCCCUGCUUGUGUUUAAUAGUCAGACACAUUGCAGAUGGCGAAAGGCUAAAACACUUCCUGGUUGGAGAUUUUACACUGUUAAAAUAAUUACUGCUCGAGGAAAGGCACACACUUAAGGUCUGUGAAUGACUUUGCAUUUCAGUUCCCCGAUGAAAUCUCUGUGAUUCAGCCUGUGUUUGUAGGCUGCAAGCACGCGUAUCAGUGUCGCGCGCCGCAUAACCUGUUGCGUUGACUUUAGUUGAGUUUGGACACACAUGAGUGAACUGAGACUGGAAGUGUCACUGCCGCUGAGCAGAAAGAGGUCCAUAUAUGACUGAUGAUGUAGUGGAUGCUCGCUGUCCAAUCACAAGUCAGACUGCUCCCUCUCUCUGUCUGGAUAAUUCCGCUCACAGCAGCGCAUCAUCGCCUAACCACGGGUCCGCGUGCAGUUUUGGAUCAUGGACAUCAUCAACAUGACGUGUGCAGAGAUUCAGACAGCAGUGGGGUUUGUGUACAAGAUUCUGCCUGUGAUUCUGAAUCACACAAUCAAUGAUCCUGACUGUGAACAGAGCUGGUAUACAGAGGACAGGCAUCUGAUAGCAGAUCCAUCAGAUCCUGAAACACUGAUCGAUCCUGUUAUUUCAGUCUCAUCUGAUCAUCUCGUCACUUCUCACUGUGUGGAUCAACUUCAUCAUGAGAUUCAGUGUCAUUCUAAAGGAAUCACACAUGAGACCAUCUUCAGAGUGUUUAACGACACAGACUCCAGCGGCGGAUCGACACAAACUCCAGAUUCACAUCAGUUCUGGUGGAUUUCUGCUCUUUUCUUCAUCACGGUUGUUUUUCUGCUCUUGAUCUGUUUCUUACUGCGUAAAAGGAUCUUCAGAUAUUUUCUGAAAGCAGAGAAGAGCAACUUUCAGCUCAGUGAUUCAGAAAUCAGGGAUCCUGAAUCUGCGGUCCAGAAGAAGCUCAGAUCUGAUGAAUCUGAUUCACUGAAUCAUUCUGAAUCUGAGCAGAUCAACAGCUCGUGUCCAGAGGAUCAUCCUGUCAUCACACUGAACGUCAUUCAUUAAUGGUUUCUGUGCGAUAUUUCACUUGCUGUAAUUGUUACUUGUUUUGUCUAAUAUAAUAUGUAGCUGAAAUAAUGAGAAGGAAAUCUGUGUUAAAUUCUCCUUUAUUUAUAUAGCGCUUUAUCAACACAGGCCUGCGUUUCCCACCAAUGGUCUCUGUGAUCAGCUUAGGCUUACGAUGCUUUUGGGAAAUUCAGCCCAGAUAGUUUCAAAGCAGAUUUACAGUGAUAACAGGAUACUAAUGGACAGAGACAGCAGCUCUAGAGGAAAGUUAUUGUCCAGUUUAAGUAGGUUUUUGAUUCAUUUCUGUUGUAAAAAUCAUUCAUGAACUUACCACAGUGUGAACGGGAAUCAUCAGCUCUGGAGAAAACAGUGCUGUCAUCGUCCAGCUCAGUUCAGUUCGCUAUAGAGACAGAGCGACACGCGUCAUAAUCUGAAAACCACGAUCCAACUAUCUCCAUUGACUUUGUAUUGCGUGAAGCUGCCUCCUUGUCAUUUCUGACUUAUAACAAAACCAUAACAAUGUCUAAAAGCUGUUAUGUGACAGGGUGUACAGAAAACAAGCUUAAAACACCAGAACCAAGAUUUUAUAAACUGUCAACCCCCCCAAAAACGAGCGUUUAAGGACACAAAAGUGGAUACAGGCAUUUGAGUCUGAGCGCAAUGUGUCUCCUGGGUCCCUCCUCUGGCUGAUGAUCAAAUUUGUUACUUUCAAGUGAAAGUGUACCGAUUGUUCAAACAUGCCGACACGCAAAGUGAAACAUUCUCGUGAACUGAAAGAGAACAAUAUGCGCUCGGGGACAAAUCUGCUCAGUGUC